UUAAUGCACUAGUGUCCUUUACUGCAGUGAUGUUUUUAUAUAAUUAACUUAUUAUAGCAAUUCACAAGACAUUACAACUGCGCAGUGCUAAUUGAUACUUAACUGUGUCUUGCACUCAGCUAGUUAUCGUGCUGAACUCGCGCGCGCAACAUGUUUCCCUUAUUAAUACUAAUUGUUAUUGUUGUUAUUUAUAUCUUCACCACGAGGAACCACGGCUACUGGUCAAAAAGGAACAUAAAACAUGAUCCACCGAUACCAUUGUUCGGAAACCACUUCAAAAAUGUUUUCGGCAUCAAAAGCAUGACGGAACUUUCCACCCAGUUAUAUAGAAAAUAUAAUAACGAGAGAGUGGUGGGAUACUAUUGUGGAUCGACGCCCGUACUAAUUGUAAGAGAUUUGGACAUAGCUAAGAAUAUAAUGACCGUGGACUUUGCGUACUUCUAUCCGAGAGGUCUCGGCAGGGACCCGAAGUAUGAACCGUUGCACAACAAUCUCUUCCACAGCAACGGCGAUAUAUGGAAGCUCCUGCGACAGAGGUUGACGCCAGCCUUCACCACUGCCAAAUUGAAGAAGAUGUAUCCCCUCGUAGUGAAGUGCGCGGAGAAGUUGCAAGUUGCGGCUGAGGGCAUUGCGGCGCGGGGCGGAGAGUGCGACGUGCGGGAACUGAUGGCACGCUUCACCACAGAUUUUAUCGGCGCCUGCGGCUUCGGCAUCGAAAUGGAUACCAUCAACACGGAGCACUCUUUGUUCAGAGAGCUCGGUAAGAGGAUCUUUUCACGAUCGUGGAGAAACAUCUUACUGAUCGCUAUGUGGGAUCUUCUGCCCGAAGUAAGGAGUUUGCUCUACGUUGACGAUAACACUAUAGAAGAAAAGAUAACUGAGAUCGUUCAGAAGAUCCGAGAGCUGAGGAACUACAAACCAUCAGAGAGGAACGAUUUUAUCGAUCUCCUACUCGAAUUAGAAACUAAAGGUAAAAUAGUUGGAGAAUCAAUUGAGAAAUCUAAUCCUGAUGGAACUCCCGUACAAGUCGAAAUGGAGAUGGACUUGAAAUGUAUAGUAGCACAAGUGUUUAUAUUCUUCGCGGCCGGUUUUGAGACUUCCUCAUCAGCGACCAGCUACUGUUUGCACGAACUCGCAUUUUAUCCGGAAAUUCAGGAAAAAAUACAAAUCGAGAUCGAUGAAAAACUAAAGAAGUACAAUAAUAAAUUAUGUUACGACGCUAUCGCUGAAAUGUCCUACCUCCAUAUGGCGUUCAAAGAAUCACUAAGAAAGUUUCCUUCUCUGGGCGUCUUAAAUAGAACGUGCGCUCGCCGCUACAAAAUACCAGACUUAAACGUC